GUUCGCUGCGCGGCAUCAUCUACCCUGCGCACGAGUAGCCGGUAGUCAUUUAAAUGAUUUUUCUCAUUUCCUGUGGUCAACUUUUUGUGUCGCUCAAAUAAUUUACCACUUAAAAAUUAAUUAUUUAAUUCAGUGGAAAUUUUUGAAAGCUGUUUCCUAAGGAUUUAGCAUAAGGCGAUGCAAGAAAAUAAGCAGACCGUGACAGUUAUCGAUAAAGGUGUCUAUCUCGUACACCAGGAGGAAGAGAAAAUAUCGGCACAAUCAACGCCUGUAAUUAAUAUCGAUAAACUUACCAAAGAAGAUGGAUUCCCUAAAAAGAAAUCAUGGAUCUCAUCAAAAACUCCAACAAUUUUUCAUUAUAUCACAUUAAUUAUAUUAGGAGCGUUAACAUGGGGUUAUCUUUGGUACACGUGGGGCGACAGCUGGGGAGUAAAGGGACAAUGGUUCCGACUGGCAAUCGUGGCAAUAAUAGCAUGGGUGAGCGGUCUUAUCCUACAAGAGAUGACCACACUGCCGCCGGCUCUCGCUGCUUUACUCACGGGUAUACUCGCCCGACAUCUUGGAUUUGUUGAUAUGCGAGCGUUCCCUCAUGUUGAUACGUUUUUAAGGAGAAUAUAUCCAGUUAUCAUUCUGGGCAAAGGUUCUCUGGCUUGGGACGUUAGUUUCAUGAAACAAAAUUGGAAACAAAUAUUAGCCUUGGGUGCUUUACCUUGGAGCACAGAAGUUGUGCUGGUGGCAGUGUGCACACAUUUCCUUCUUGAUUUACCUUGGAUUUGGGGAUUUCUUUUGGGUACCAUCUAUGCAUCUGUAUCAUGUCCUGUGGUGAUGCCUCCUGUGUUGAAACAUGGAAAGAAUGCAGGUGGAAAAGUGAACUGGCCUCAGCUCAUAUGCACGGCAGGCGGCAUAGACACAGCCUUGAGCGUUGGCACGUUUGGCUUGAUUUUUAGUUAUAUGUUUUAUGAAACUCACGAAGGCUAUCGCUUAGCGAAAGCAAUAUUAGCACUACCUGUAGGGGUAGCCUUAGGCGUUGCGUUUGGGAGCCUAGCGAAGUACGUGCCAAAUUCAAAGGAUACCUAUGUCACCGAGCUGAGGGUUUUAUUCGUUCUCGCCGGAGGACUUUUUGGCAACGUUUUCACCGCUUCUAUUGGAUGGGGUGGCACUGGCGGUGUAGCCGUGUUGGCGUGUAAUGCAACGGCAGCGACACACUGGUCGAAGAAAGGAUGGAAACUGAACCAGAACCCAGCCGCUACUGUGUACCGCGUGCUGUGGUCAGCUUGCGAGCCUGCACUAUUCGCGUACACCGGAACAUUCUUCGUGGUACACAGUUCGAUAUCCGACACAAUGCUAAUCGGACUAGGCAUCCUACUUAUAUGUUUGACGGUUAGACUGACAGUUGCGUCGUUAGCGUGUUGGAAUCUCACUCUCAAACAGAAGAUCUUUGUUUGUUGCGCAUGGACACCUAAGACCAUUGUCGAGGCUGUAUUAUGUCCAACAGCCAUCAGCGCUGUAUUAUUGUCUGGUGGACACGAAAGCCCAGACUUGGUUUACGCUGAAGAGCUGAUGCGAUUGAUAGUACAAGCUAUACUCGUCACAACGCCUAUCGGUUUUCUCCUCACGAAUAAUUUAGGCCCAAUGCUUCUAAAUAAUACUCAAAGUGACUGUGAGAAUAAUACAUUUACACCGAGAAAAUCUAGCGCGUCACCUGAAAACAGCAGGUUAUGAGAAAAUUCAUGUCAAUUGUCUAUAAAUAUCAAUAUUUAAAUUUCAUAAGAUUACGGAAAAGGGAGCAUUUGGAUCUUCCGAAUAGGAAGAACGAUUGUUUUCGACUCGUGGCGUGACUUUGGUUAAAUAAUUUAUAACUAAUGAGAAUUAGAUAUUGUUAAUUAAAUCUGACCAAAUAUAUUACAACUACGCCAGGAGUUAUGAAAGGAGUGGACGAGUGGAUUUUAAAAUGAUUAUUUAUACAAAUUAUUAGUAACAAAUUAAUCAACAUGCUUCAACAACAGCUAUGUAUAGGUAUAUAUGUAUCUAUAUAUCAAGGUUAUAAUUUGACACAAUUUUGUGUUGUGGUUAGUACUCUAAUCUAUCUAGUAUAUGAUUUCUAUUGAAAGAACAAAGUAUCUUGUGAUUUUACAAAGUGAAAUCUUCAUUCCGUGUAAUUUUAUUUAUCCCAUUAGGCACUGGCUCAUGAGGGUCUGUUUAUGUAUAAUGUCCUUGAGAAUAGGAAUAAGAAUCAAGAACAGUGUUGUUAGAAUUAAAUUAAGCAAUAAAUCGUGUCACAGACCAAAAUGGUUUAGUGAAUCAGAUGAGUUUUAUAAGUACUUAAUUACAUUUUAAACGAAAACACUAACGAGAUUUUGAAAUCAGUAUUAAUAUUCCUAAAGGGAUUGAGUUUAAAUGGAUCUUUUAUUUUGUUUUUUUUUUUUUAAUUACUGGACUAAUCUUUCCAGCCUUUGGACAACUUAAUUAAAAAUACAAAACAAUCUUUUACUGACUGUUGUAGAAUGCAUUUGCUAAUCAGAUUAAUAUUGAAAGUCAUUUUAGUAAUAUAAUAUCUUUCCGCUGGUCGGAUGUUAAUUAUUUAAUAUUACAAAUGGAGGAGACAAUCAAAAUUAAUUUUAAAAAAAAGUUUAAUUAGUAUGUUCUAUUUUAAAUAAGAUAUUUAAAUAACCGUUCAGUACACUCAAGCCUAGUCUAGUCGUAAUGAGGUUUCCUGUAACAAUACCAAAAAACAAAGCUAAAAGUACAUAAAAAAAUAUUUUUGU